AUGGCUCCUCAAGUUCUGAAAGUCCUCAUAUGCGGCGGAGGGAUUGCAGGCCCAGCCCUGGCCUACUGGCUCGCCCAACUCGGCCACAAAGUCAUCGUUGUCGAACGCUUCCCAACUGUGAGAGCGACAGGAGCUCAGGUCGAUAUCCGCGGACAGGGGAUCACGGCCAUCAAGCGCAUGGGACUCCACGAGGCUAUUCGCAGCAAGCUCGUCGAUGAAGCCGGCGUGUCGAUCGUCAACUCAAGGGGCAAGACCAAAGCCACGAUUCUCGCCAACAAGUCCGGCAAGGGCGCAUCGUCGCUGAGCUCUGAAUAUGAGAUUAUGCGCGGAGAUCUUGUGCGCAUCUUACAUGAAGCUACGGAAGGCGAAGUGAAGUAUAUUUUCGGCAAAACGGUGGACAGCUUUAAGGAGCACGGAGAUCAGGUCGUCGCGUACUUCUCCGAUGGCUCAUCGGACACAUUUGAUAUGCUCGUUGGCGCCGAUGGACAGGGCUCUCGUGUCAGAAGGAACAUUCAGCCAGUUGCUGCCCCGAGUGAAUAUCACAACCUUGGGGUUCACAUGGCCUAUUGCUUCAUCCCAAGGAUCGAGAGCGACCCGAUAGGCAUGUGCAGGGCAUAUCUUUGUCCCGGUCGCCGGAUGAUCAUGACCAGAACCCACAAUGAGAAAGAGACACAGAUCUACUUCAUCCUGCUAUCUGACUCUGAAGAACUACGCGCCGUCCCCAAGCUUCCAAUCCAGCAACAAAAGAAGGCUUGGGCCAAUAUGUUCCAUGAUGCAGGGUGGCAGAGCGAGCGUUUUAUCAAAGAAAUGCAAACCACAGACAAUUGGUUUUGCCAAGACGUCGUCCAAGUCAAAACCGACACCUGGCACUCUGGUCGGGUUGUUUUGCUCGGCGAUGCGGCACACUGCCCUUCUCCUCUGACCGGCAUGGGGACAACCAGCAGCCUCGUCGGAGCCUAUGUUCUAGCUGGAGAGAUUUCUCGCAGCCAAGACCUCACCCAGGCAUUUGAAAAUUAUCACAAAAUCAUGCAACCGUAUGUCGACGAGAUUCAACAGCUCAACACUGGGUGGUUGCGAUGGGUAAUGGCUAAGUCGCAGGGUGUGAUAGCCAUCAUUCAUUUCCUUGUGGGACUGGCUUGCUUCCUUCGCAUACCCCAGCUAAUCGCGCGGCUCUCGAAUGACUGGGAUGGAGACUGGAAGCUACCUGAUUAUCCUGAACUGGAUGUUGAUCAGGCAGAGAAGCGAUAG